UUUUCAUUCUGUUUGGAUCUUUAAUUGGUGUUAAUUUAAUUUCACCUUUUUGAUUAACUUUUCUUUCUUUUUUAAUUUAAUUAUCUUUUCCACCAUUUAUGCUUUUCACUGACAAAAUUAAUUUCUAUUUAUAAGGUAUUAUAAUUUUGAUAAUUGGAAUUCUGGUAAUUAUGUCAACCUCAACAACGCCCUUGACACCACAAGCAACACCAACAACGGGUGAAGGUUCAUCAUCAUCAACCCAAACUCCAAGUAAACCAAGUGUAUUCACUUGUGAUGAAUGUAAAAAACGUUUCUUUGAAUCAUUUUUGAAAACCAAUUUUGAUUAUAAUGUUUGUAAUAUAUGCAGAGAUCCAAAGGAUAAACACAGUUUGAUAACCAGGACUGAGGCGAAAAAUGAAUAUCUUCUUAAAGAUUGUGAUCUCGAUCAACGGGAACCUCCAUUACGAUUUAUUGCUAAAAAGAAUCCCAAUCCUUUGGCUCGAUCUGAUAUGAAACUCUAUUUACACAUUCAGGUCGAGGAAAGAGCACUCGAAGUGUGGGGAACUGAGGAAAUCUUAAUUGCAGAGAAGGAGAAACGUACCGUUAAAAGAAAAGAAAGACAAAAGAAAGACUAUGAUAAAAAGAUGAAAACUCUUAGAAUGGCAGUGAGAAGUAGUUUAUAUAAGAAAAAAUCAUCGACUCAUGUCCAUGAGUACGGGGAAGAAAAGUACAAUAAGUCGGAUGACACUUUCGAAAAGAGUUGCAAGACUUGUGGUCACGUUUUAACGUACGAAAAGAUGUAAUCAAUUACCAAUAUGGAAUCAAUUUGGCCCAACCAAUGUUUCGAUUUUCAGAUCAAAAUUAUUCGCUCUUUCAUUGAUCCAAACGAAAACUGCUUCAUCUACCUCAAUCCACAAAAGAUUCUAACAAUUGAGUGAUUUCAAUUCAGUUAUUGAUUCAACCAUCCCAUGUAUCUUCAGUUGGUGGACUGGAUUCUUCGAUGUUUCAUUGGGAGUUUAUAUUGAAAAGUCGUAUAUUUAUCAUGAGAAAUCUAUUAAUCUCCUGUUGCUAAUGAGAAAUCCAUCAUUAAUUGUUGAUUAUAACUCUUUUUACAUUUACAUAAGAAACAAACUUAUCAUUUUGUUUCAAAGUUUUUAUCGAAAACCUUUUGGGUUAAUCCAUUUUAUUUGUAUGAAUUGACUUAUGUAACUAUGGAUUGAAAAUAUUUUCAUUUAUAUAAAUCACAUAUUGAAAUAAAAGAUGAAAAAUUAGUGAGAACAAUUAAUUUAAUAUAU